AUGUUGCGUUUCGUGCAUUUUCUAUGCCUCCUUGCUGUGACGUACGCUAUUCCCGUCGAUAACGGUGUCGAAGGAGAACCUGAGAUUGAAUGUGGCCCCACUUCGGUAACUGUGAACUUCAACACAAGAAAUGCGUUCGAAGGACACGUUUACGUGAAAGGCCUAUACGAUCAUGAGGAAUGCAGAAAUGACGAAGGAGGACGACAGGUGGCUGGUAUUGAAUUGCCGUUCGAUUCGUGCAACGUGGCUCGUACUCGUUCCUUGAAUCCUCGUGGAGUGUUCGUAUCCACCACCGUCGUCGUCUCGUUCCACCCUCAAUUCGUCACUAAAGUUGACAGAGCUUACCGCAUUCAAUGCUUCUACAUGGAGGCCGACAAGACAGUAUCUACACAGAUCGAAGUUUCUGAACUUACAACUGCCUUCCAAACACAGGUUGUUCCUAUGCCGAUCUGCAAGUACGAGAUCCUCAACGGUGGCCCAACUGGUGAACCUGUUCAGUUUGCAACCAUUGGACAACCAGUGUACCACAAAUGGACUUGCGACUCCGAGACUAUGGACACUUUCUGCGCUGUCGUGCACACUUGCACGGUCGAUGAUGGAAAUGGGGAUACCGUUCAGAUCCUUGACGAGAACGGAUGUGCCCUCGACAAGUUUGUUUUGAACAAUCUGGAGUACCCGACUGACCUCAUGGCUGGACAGGAAGCCCACGUCUACAAGUAUGCUGAUCGCAGUCAACUGUUCUACCAAUGCCAAAUCAGUAUCUCCAUUAAAGAGCCGAGCUCUGAAUGUCCACGACCCCAGUGCACUGAGCCUAAAGGAUUCGGAGCUAUAAAACAUCAACAACAGCCACAGCAACAAGUACAACAGCAACAACAACAACCCGCUCAAUUCUUCCGAGUGCUCAAGAAGAGAGCGGCGUCUGCUUACGAAAAUGUCCUUGAUGUUCGUGCCGAAAUCACUGCUCUUGAAGUGCUCGAAGGAGAACUGCCCGGUCUGCCAGCAGCUCUUGGUCUGACUGCAGAACCGUCACAGAUCAGUUUGGCAUCAGAAGGCGUAUGCAUGUCACUGCACAUCAUGUCCGUUCUUGUCGCAGGUCUUAUCUUCACGCUGAUUCUCAGCGUCGUCUGCACAGCCCUCUGUCUUCGAGUGAAGAAAUUCUAG